AUGCAGGAACGGAGAAAGCAGGACAAGCGGGCAGGAUCUCACCGGGAUCACUCCAGGCCGUCUCAGGAGGGUCCCAAACCUGUGCUUUGGGUAAGACGGAGCUAUAACCACCCACCGCUCCCUGACUCUCGCAGACGUUUUGCACACGCAUCUCUCCCUGAUCUUCGCACCCCGCUGGAGGCCCCAAGCCCCGCAAAGCCCCCGGCUCAGGACAGAGUCCUCACCCCCGACCUUCAAACACCAGCCUUACCAGCCGCCGCCCCCGCACAGCGCUUACCCUCCUGGCCACACCGCCGAGCUCAAGCUCCGACCUUGAGCUGUCCGGGAACACCCGGCUCCGCCGCCCCCGUCGGGCCGCUCCCGACGCCCACAACAUGGCUCCGCCUACCUCACGCCCUCCUCGUGGGCGCCGCCAUCUUGCCCGCUCACAUGACCCAUGGGCCUCAGAGGCCGUUUCCAAUUGGGCGGCUGUCCGCCGGCCCAGCAUGGCGGCGGCCGAUUGGGCGCGGGCCGGGGGCGGGGUGCGGCACUGGUUGCCGGGCUGGCGAAUGGCGGCGGCUCCUCGAUGGCGGCGGGGCUGAGCGCGGACCCUGCACCGGCGGCCGGGACGCGGGGACUCCCCCUCCCUGCGGCGGGGGGAGGCCCAGUCCUCGGGGUAACCCGCUGACCCCCUCCCCUCAGCCCGCGCCCUCUCCCCGUCCGCCCCCCUCAGCCCCCGCACCCCUCCCACCCGUCGCCCUCUUCCCUCGCCACCGGCUCCUUUGUGCUCCCUGCCCGUCCCGCCGUUCCGAGCGCCCCUCGUCCCGGCUGCGUCUCGCUCCACCCCACCGCCGUCCCCUCCUUCAUCCUGCAGUUGCGUCCCGCCUUGUCUCUCGGCAACCCUGGGGGGGAUUGUCCUCGUCCUUAACCGGCUCCUCCAGCUCACCUGUGCCCCAUCCCACUCUCCCCCGACCCAGCCAGCCUCUGUGCCCUGUCCCGCCUCAGAACGCAGCACAGUCCCCCUUGGGUUCGGGAGAGCUGGGGGAAGGAAGGAGGGGUGGGUAG